AUGGAAAAGACAUCGACGUUGGAAGGGCGAGACAUGAAGCAAUACGUGGAGCGCGGCGUUCAGACCGAGCCGACUUUCACGUCCUAUCCGACCGAACCAUCAUCCUUGAUCCACAACGAUCCGUUCAAGGACGAUGCCCCACUGUCUCCAGGAAAGGUUCCGUCCUCAUCUCCAUAUUGCUCUCCGACAUCGGCACAAUCCGAGGGCGAGUAUAGCCUCCUGCUCGAAGAGCACUUGGACAUGUUCAGCACAACUCGCUCGACUUCGGCUGCCGUACGCACACUACAGGACAAGUUAUCGAUUGGCAGAUAUCCACGCCCAAGCUCUCACAAGCCUCCGGCCCCAAGAAUCGUGUCACUACCAGAGACUGUACCUGAGUAUUCUGCGAAGGCAGCCAUGGAGAAGACUACCAUUCGCGUAGUGUCGAUGCCUCUACCAGUCCAAGGCGACUGUUCUUUUCAAUCAAAUGACAUCGACCAUAUCGGGUUGUCGUUCACAUCUGACACCGAAGAGCAGAAUCGGGUGCGCGUACCAUCGCAUGCCUCGGAACUGCCGCAUACGCCGUCACCUCCAUCGUCCCCCGAAUCCGUAGUAAUCAUAGCGAAUAAGGACCAGCUCGCAGAGGGCUUCCUGCGCGGCCCCCAUGUUUCUGAUUGUUUUGCACAUGCAGACGAUGAAGAAUGGGUCGCUUGGGCGAAGUCCCCUCCGCGUCCCAUACCGGCCCUACAUGGCCCGUUAUCACUUCCAUACGCUCGUUGUCCAUCCGGAGCAGAAGGAACUGUGAUAGAAGAGCAAGACAAUCUUCCUCGUAUUAUAUGGGGUUUGGAGGGAGAAGACCAUGCUUCGUAUCGUUCUCGCUCCGAGAAUGUUGAUGUUAAUGUGCCUGCGCAGGCGCUUACGCAACCGGUAUCCCAAGCAAAGCAUCCCGCGGUUCCGCCCAGAUUGCAGAAACCAAAGUUUGAAACAAACACGCUGCCACGACCGCGUUUUUUGCCCGCCGGAGGCAAAACGCAGACCGUUCGGGUUGAGCCGCCGCAAGACGCUAUCGGCUAUCCUCUGCGUGGUCAAGAGCCUAUUGACCUCACCAAGCUAAUGCACGGCGAGCCGGACACUUGGUACGGCGACUAUCACCAUCAGCUAGACUACUUGAACAAGCAAACUAUGGGAACUUCCAAUGCCGGUUCUAGGGUUGACCGUCUGCGCGACCAACAGAUACUCGACUGGCAGAUGGCGCUCAUGACUCCGGAGUCACUGCAAGAUGCUGGGCAUUUGACUAGUAUUUCUCUAUCAGCCAAUGAAUUUGGCGGCGACUUGCAGUCUAAUGCAACAUUGGGAUCUCUUUCGUCUCGUCGGAACGUAGACUUGCCUCGGAACGGCGAUUUUCUUGAAUCUUCUGGCCGGCAUGUGCAAUCUGUUCAGCGCGCUCCGUCUCAUCGUCUGUCUGCUUUGGAUAUUGCUCAGCAAUACCGCCAGCAACAACUUCAGCAGCAGCAGAGUUUGCUGCCAACCCCGCCGAACUCCUCGUCGCCCAGAUGGUCCUCUAGCUUCUCUCCAUACCAAGGCUCUUCGCUGUCACCUGAAUUGUUAGCCGCAUCUAGUCUGCCAAAAUCAUCGCCUAAUCUCUUCCAGCCACGCAGUGCUAUAUCUCGUCAAGAGCGUCCUUUGCAUACUCGUGCGACGGCUCUUGAAAUAUCCAACAACCUGGGCAUACUGGGCAACUCUGUUGAUCUGGCUCUGCUAUCUGCGCUUCCUCAAAGCAAGUCCUUUGCAAAUGGUUCUGAGCCUCGCUCUGCUUACCCCUCUGAUGGUCUUCCUGCUAUUUCUCUCUCGGUUUAUGCGCAAGGCCAACGAAUACAGCAGUCAAACAUGAUCCGACCCACGAAGCAAGCGGAAAGGUCUCUUGCGCAACCGAGGCCUCCCCCGAACACUCCGCUCACCUCCAUGAGACUGCGUGGACCCAUUGUCGCAAACAGAUCUUCACGCUCACCGGCGACUGCAGUUCUGCCUUCGCCUAUGUCUACGAACCUGCACAUACGCAGUCUAAGCCAUCAGCAGACACGCUCAAUACCUCUUGCUCGUCUGAUUCAACGGCGGCUGUCGUCAGUUCAAGAGGAGGAUACGACUAUCACUUCCAUUCAAGGAUCGCACGCCAUCCAAGCCUCUUUCGGGCAGUCUCGUACUCGCAGUCGCUCCUCAGAGGAACCUAUCGGUCACACAGCAAGAGUUCCUCAGGUGCAUGCUCUCUCGUCGCCUAAGAGUCCGCUUCACGAUAGUGGUAGACAAUUGAGAGAAGCAACUAUCAAGCUCGCCACCAACAAGCAGAAUCAUGCCGUACUGUGCGAUGCAUUGGGCGAAGGCACGUCGCGGCGAGAAGAUCCUAAAGAGAUUUCUUCGAGAAGCCACGACAACAGUAAAGGAAGGGGCAGAGGCCGAGGUGGGAGGGGGCGGAGAGGUAGGGGCGGGCAAGAAGGUGCCCGUGUCAUCAACCGUCCUGAAAGAGUUGACGGUGGAUUGGUAGUGAAUACCUAAGGUUCGGUCAAUGGAUUAUAUCGCAUGCACAGCUGACACUAUUAUGCAGCAUUCCAAGUUCUUCAC